GUGCAGCUUAUAAGCCGAGUGGCGUCGCUUCUCCAGUCACCUUUGGCCCCUCAGCUGCUCGCCUGGGAGCCCACAGCCGGUCGCAUCUGGAUGCUGCUCGAACGCCUGCUCGCACACAGGGAUGUGGUCAUCCAAUCAGCAGCUGCAUCCGCCAUUGGCGUUGCAGCAGCGUUGCGACUCCCGUCCGAAUCCAUCCCUCUCUCGCCAGCCACUUCAGCAUCGCCAGCUGUCGCCGUUUCAUUCGCAGGAGCGGAGCGUCUCUUUGCGUGGGCCCUCCCCCAGCUCACAGAUCCCAACGCUGACGUGGCAAACACGCGCCUCGCCCUGUUGGCAGCUGCUCCCUUCUGCCAGCUGGCACCUGCACCUUCGCCACCUGAAGCUGAUCCGAACUCAGCCACAACUGUUGCACCGGCAGGAGCAGACGCAGCAGCAGCAGCAGCAGCAGCAGCAGCAGCAGCAGCAGCAGCAGCAGCAGCGGUGGCAGCGGCAGCAUCAGCAGCAGCAGCGGCGGCAUCAGAGCCAUAUGUCUCCAGCUGUGUGCAGGCCUGUCAGGGCCUGCUAGAGGACGAGGGAACGCCGCCCACGCUCCUCCCACCCAUCCUCUCGGUCCUCGUCUCCGUCGCCGAACGCUUUCCCGGAACCUUCCUGCAGCAGUUUGAAGAAAUUAUCGACCUGCUGCUAGGGUGGGCCAUGGAGCCGUCAGUUCUGCCGGCUAGCCGGCAGCUUAUCGGCGACUGCUUCUUGCGGUUCGGCCGGCAGUGGCGGGAGAGGGGAACGUUCACUCGAAAUGUGUUGCUGAAACUGGUGGGGGAUAUUGAAACGGAGGUUAAAGCGGGUAAAGGGGCGGGUGAUAGCGGUUCUGCUGGUGGUGCUGUUGGGGAUGUGGGGGGUUCUGGCAGUAGUGGCGGAGUGGGGGGAAGGAGCAGGGCAGCAGCAGCAGCAGCAGCAGCAGCAGCAGUAGCAGCAGCAGCAGCAGCAGCGGCAGAAGAGGCAGACGCUUCAGAUGCUCGCUUGGCCGCACUGACUUUAUCUUUUAGCGCCGUUCUGGGUGGCGUGACAGGCUGGCGAGGCGUCCCUAGUGCCAGCACUCACAGCGGGGCUGUUGGGGGAGGUGUGAGAGGCGUGGUUAUUGGGAAUGCAGAAGUUAGGCGUGGGAAUGUGGCUGGGAGAGAGGAUGAUUCAUGGCGGCAGGUGGUUCCUUUGGAGAGCCUGUUCCGGCGCUGGCUGGUGCUGCUGAGAGAUCUCCUGCAGGUGGACAUUCAGGUGGAUUCUCAGGUGGAGGGAGGAGAUGGUGGGAAAGCAGUGCCGGUGGCAGCAGGGGGGGAGAGGGCAGCAGCAGAAGGUGGAGCAGCAAGUGGGGGAGCAGCAGGAGGGGGAGGGCAGGUGAGGAGGGUGCCAGUGGGAAGAGCAGGGGUGGCACGAGUGGCGUGGGUGACGGAGUGGUGGGCAGUGCUGCCUGUCUUUAUCUGGGCGCUCUGUGCCCAUGGUGGUACCCACCCGCAGCAGCACUCGUGGAAAGAGAAGGAACAGCAGCAGCAGCACCAACAGCCACUGCCUAGUUUCUCUCCGGUUCAUCAGUUUCUGCGAAGCUUCUAUGUGCCAGCUGUCGCCCCACUCCUGAACGCCGUCGCCAGCACGCGCCUCUUCCCGCCGCCCGCCCUCGCGGCCGUGCUGCGCUGCCACCUGGCAGCGCUUGAUUCGCUGCGGGGACUCUGUGUGACGGAGCUGCAGGCUCAACUGGGGGAGGUGGCAUCUGUCGAGUCCAACGCAGUAGAUCAGCGAGACCAACAGCAGCAGCCGCAGCAGCAGCAGCAGCAGCAGCAGCAGCAGCAGCAGCAGCUGCUGCUGCAGCAACAGCAGCAGCAGCAGCAGGGCAGAGAAGAGGAGAAGCUGGAAAUUCUGCAAGGAAAGAAGGGCGACUUGACCAAAGGAGACCAGGAGGAAGGAGACGGGAAGAAUCCUCCCCCCAGAAGUUGUUUCCCAGCAGACCCCCUGGCUGCAGCCUUCUCUGCGCUCCUCUUCGCCCGCCCCUACGCCCCGCUCCCCCUCCUCCGCCUGCACCCCCACCCUGCUGUCGCCUCCUCUGCAGCCGACACCCUCCUCUCGCUCCUCGCCUUCCCUCCUCUCACACUCCCCCCCAGCUCUCAUCCACUGCCCCUCACUCCUUCCUUAUCUCACACACAGAUGCCCACCUCCUCCUCCACCUCCUUAACCUCCCUAUCGGUGCCGCUCUCCUUUCUGCUGGCAGAGAUGCGUGACUGCUACCGUUGCACCACUCCCACCAUGCAAUGCAAAAGAACUGGUAACCAGGCGACUGGUGGGGUUGCUGGUGAAGGGCCAACCGGGGCAGGGCAGCAGCAGAGGAAGAAGAGGAGAAGGGCUGUGCGGCCACUGGGGUAUCGUACCCUCUUUCAAGGGAAUUCCGCGUUGGAAGGCUGGUGCAGGCAGCUCGGGUCCGACCUGUUUCCGUCUGCUACUGACGUGGCGGAGUGGGAUUGGACGGAAGAAGAAGCGGAAGCGCUCCUGCGGUUUGACCUGGUGGCUCUGUCCUCGGGAGUGACCCACGGCGCGCUGCUGUGUGCUGAGAGCAUGAGGAUUGAUGCGGCAGCACCACCACCAUCACUAUCACCAUCACUGUCAGCAGCAGCAGCAGCAGCAGCAGCAGCAGUGCAGCAUCAUCAUCAUCAUCAGCAAAUGGUAGCAGGUAUCUCCUCGUUGCUCCGUGCUCUUGUCUCAGACUACCGCCGCUGGACACACCACCUCUGGCCACUCCCGCGCUGCCAGGUGGCGGCGUUUCACGGGCUGAGGUCCGCCUCUCAGGCAGCGUUCCGAGGCGAGUGCAUGCUGCUGGGGUUCAAUGCGGCAACUACCACAAGCACAUCCGUUAUUGUCACAGCUGCUAGUGCUGGAGCCACCUCCACAAACUCAGUCCCGGGUGCACCUGUUACUGCUGGCGCUGGGGAUGCUAUUUCUGCGAAAUCAGAGAGUACAAGCGCUGAGAACGGCACCACCACUAAGGAGGGCACUGGCAAGACUCUGGUUGGGAGGAGGAGGAUUAGGAGCAGCACCACAGGUGCAUCUGCAGCUGCUCUUGCGCUUGCUGAGCUGGCGCUUAGCUGGCGUGACGUGGCGUGGGCAUUGCAGGAGGGCGACGCCUGUGCUGGUCUGAAGCUGGAGGCUCUGGCAUGGGUCCGACAGAUAUCUGAGUCAGCAAUGGCUGAGUCAGCGUUGUCUGAGUCAGCAGCAACACAAGCACCUACAGCAGGAGGAACAGCAGCACCAGCGGCAGCAUUCACACAGUCACUUCUCCACUCAAUUGUCCCCCUUUCCCUCCCCGCCAUCCCUCCACGCUUCCUCCUCUCUCUCACCUCCUCUCUCCUCCAUCCUUCUCUCUCCAUCCGGCUCGCAGCAGCUGACAGCUUGUCGCUUCUUGCAGCCACAGGUGCACUCUUUGGGCGGCAAGCUUUGUCUGUGGCGCAAGUGGCGCUGUUCCAGGCGGGCGGCGAUCACGACACUGCCGUCCGCAAGGCCAUGCAGGAUUUGCUUCAGAAAGCGUUGCUCUCUGCUGCUGUCUCCCCCACCAUCCCCCGUCCUCUCCCCGUCCCUCCUCCUCUCCAUCCCCUCUCCCCCACUCCCUCUCAUCUCCCCUCUCCUCUCCUCUCACUCUCCCCUCCUUCAGUUGUACCUGAACCACCUGAGAUUCUCCGUGGGCCUUCUUCAGGUGAAAUGUGGCUCUUGAAAGCUGCAGCUUCAGGUGAAUUGCCAGUCCACCUGGCUUCGGCAUCAGGUGAUUUGCCGCUCAAGCCACAUCAGCUGGUGGGGGUUCUCAACCUGCUCUCUCGCAAGCAGUCCACGUCAGCGCUGCCGCCGCAUCCCGAUUGGCUCCUGCGGAUCCUGCUCACUCUCCCAUCCUCUCCACCCUCCACUUCCUCUCUUCCCUCACCUCCCCCUCUCCUUCAAUCCUCUCUUGCUUCUUCGCAAUCCACGUCAGCAUCAUCAUCAGAGGCACUAGCAGCAGAUGGAGAGCUCGACAGCUGGCGCCAGCUGGCGGCGGUGAACGGUGAGCUGGCGCUGAGGUGGCUGGUCCAGCUGGCAGCGCGGCAGUGCAUGAGCGGGCGGCUGCGCACGCAUUACGGGGGAGCAUCUGCCACGUUUGCCGCCUUUGAACGGACUCUCUCUGAUGCCACCACUCCCACUAUCUCCCGCGAUCCAGAUGCGAUUGCUGGGCUGAGGGAGUGGCUGCAGGUGCUCGUGCGAUCGCUACCACACCCUCCUGGCUCUGCUCCUGGUAACGCAGGAACAGCAGCAACAGCAGCAGCAGGAGGAGGAGCAGUCGAGCUUCUACAGAAACACGUGUGGCUCUUAAAGGGGAUGGAGCUGGAGGCAGAUGGAAGGUUCGAGGAAGCUGCCGAGCAUUACAGAGGGGCGAUGGAUACAGGAAGAGCUGAUGGUGAUAGUGGCGGUGUUGGUGGUGGUGAUAGUGGUGGUGUUGGUGGUGGUGAUAGUGGUGGUGAUAGUGGUGGUGUUGGUGGUGGUGAUAGUGGUGGUGUUGGUGGGGGUAUGGGGGAGAAGAGUGGGGUGAGACGAGUUGGGGAGUUGGAACGAGAGGAUGGGGUGAGAGGAGGAGGAGGGGGGGCAGAGGCGGAAGAAGAGGGGUCUGUUUUGGGUGCGUGGCUGAUAGACGUGUACAGUGCCGUGGGGGACUUGGAACAGCUACAGGCGUUUCUCAAGGUGCUGCUGGGUGCUGUGCUUCCUGCUGGGUCAGCGCUGGGUCGGCCUCUGUUGUCUGUAUCCGCAGAGGGCUAUCCCGUGAACCCAGCAGCAGCCAUGCCGCUGGUGUUAGCAGCACUCGAAUGCUCUCUCCUGCAAGACACACUUGUAGGACUGUGCAACGCAGAAGCCGACCCACUGGUAGGACUGGAGCAGCAGAACAAUUCAUUGCAGAAGCAGCAGCACAGGGAUGGGAAUCGUCAGCACCACAUACACAACUUGUUCGGUUCCAGUGGUUUGGGAGGAGAAGAUUCCUUGCUUGCUAGCUGUCACGAUGCCACAGGCUCGCUGCUCUGGGAGUUGCCCCCUUGGCUCGGGGUGCUCCGGGCCUGCCAUGUUGCCCAGCCGCAGCAUGCCGAAGCUGCCUCGGUGCUUCGGCUGCAUCUGGCUCGGCAUGCCAGGCUCGGUGGGAACCUGCGGCUGGCGAGCCGGUUGCUGUCAGGUUCGGUGGCAGCUCCUGCGGAGCAGCAGGUUUGGCGAGAUGAUGUGAGAGGAGAGCUGGGGAUGUGGAAAGUGAUGGAGGCCUGGGCGGCGGUGUGGGCGGCAGUGGGAGCACGCAGCGAGAUGCCGCAAGCGUGGCUGGCAUACGCCCAGUGGCUGGACUGCAUGGCUGACACACGCAUGCCCCGCAAUGCUGGCACGCUUGCUGCUGACGUGGCGCAAGGCGACAGCACAGGAGGGGAAGGAGAGGGGAGAAGGGAGGAGGAGGAUGAGGAGGAGGAGCAGGAGGUGGAUGUGGUAGCAGCACUGCCUGCUUCCCUUGAUGAUGAUUACAGUGCUGAUGCUGCUGCUGCUGUUGGUACGACCGGCAUGGGUGCAUCAAUCUCCGGGCAGGGUGCCAUCUCCCCACCAUCGUUUCAUCUACCGGACACGCUGUCGCUCUCCCCUGCACUCUCUCCUCUACGGGCCGGUUUUGCCACCAACAAGGUGGCAGAAACGGCAGCAGAGGAAGCAGAAGCAGCGCAAGCAUCCACGCUCACAGCUGCUCAAUCACUGGCUGCCACGUGUCUGGCCAUCAUGGACCAAUUACUGCUGCUCCCAGCCCCUCCUGCCUCUCCAGCCCCUCCCGCCCUGCCCUCCCACACUCUUCCCCAGCCCCUCUCUGUGUCCCCCUCUCGGUUCAAAGCCAUGGGACCAAACGGAUUGCAUGUGGGCAGCAGGGAGGGAGGUCUGGGUGCAGUAGAGGCGCGUGGGUUGGGCGGUGGGUUGGAUGCGAGGUGCAUGGGAGGUGUGUCAGGGGCGAGUGAUCAGGUAGAGGAGUGCGUGUGGCAGGAGCUGAUGCAGCAGUUGAGUGUAGCAGUGGUGCAACAGAUCACAGCCCUGGUCGCCACCUGGCACGCCGCCCGCUUCCGCGCGCUGUCAACGCGACACCUGGCAGCCCGUGCGUACAUGCGGUUCCUGCAGCUCUCUGGGUCUGGGUGGGGUGGGUCGUACGCGGGGGAGGCAGGAGGGGGGGGUGGGGUGUGCAGGGAAGGAGGAGAGGCUGGUGGGAGGAGUGGGGAAGAUGGCGGAAGGAAGAGCAGGAAGAGGAGUAAAGGGAGUGUGAGUGGUGCAAGGGAGCAUGGCAGGGGAGAAGAUACGAUGAGCAGGAAGGAGGGAUGGCCGCAGGGGUUGGAGAGAGGUCAGAAGGGGUGUGAGGCUGUUGGGAUGGGUGGGGCGAAGCAGAGCGGGUGGGAGGGGAGGAUGGAGGAGGAUGGUGGGUCAUGCGGGGCGGCGGUGGCAGGUGGGAGAGCUGUGCUGACAUGUGUCACGAUGCGAGUGGUGGAUAUUAUCAUGCAGCACGGCUCGCACAUGCCGCCCGUGGUUGCUGCCCCUGUGGAUGUCGGAUGCCCACACGCCUGGCAGCCCAUUCUCGCCCAACUCCUGGCGGCGAUAUUGGCGCAGCGCAGCGCGUCAGUCAGGCUGCAGCUGACACGUGUGCUGCUCGCAUUGGCCGACACCGCCCCUUCACUCGUGGUGUACUCGCUGUGUGCAGCUGAGAAGCAUCGUCUGCAACACCUCAGCCUCGCCCUCGCCUCCCUUCCUGCUGGCCUUCCUCCUGCCGCCCCUCCUCCUACUCCUCCUACCGCCCCUCCUCCUGCCGCCACUCCUGCUGCCCCUUCUUCUGCUCCUCCACCUCCCUUGGCCAGUUCCGCAAGUGCUGCUGCUGCUCCAUCCUUCGUCGAUGCUGGUGAUCAAUCAGUCCCUGUUGAUGACGUGGCAGCUGACCUGGCAUGGCACGUGGCGCUAUCUCAAGCCACACCGGGAUGGCAUCAGCUGCGAGCCGCUCUCUCCUUCCUGGAACACCACCAUCCAGCCAUGGUGACAUCAGCGCCUGCGCUGCUGACAUCAGCGGAUCGCUUGGCAGUGCUACCAGAGGAGCGGCUGCUCUCGUCCCUGCAGUCCUGCCUCUCCCUCCUCCACCGCUCCCUCUCCCCUCCACCCGUCCUUCUACCUCCUCCUCUUUCCCCCCCCUCCUUCUCCUCUUUCCCCCCCCUCCUUCUCCUCUUUCCCCCCCCUCCUUCUCCUCUUUCCCCCCCCUCCUUCUCCUCUUUCCCCCCCCUCCUUCUCCUCUUUCCCCCCCCUCCUUCUCCUCUUUCCCCCCCCUCCUUCUCCUCUUCCCCCCCCUCCUUCUCCUCUUUCCCCCCCCUCCUUCUCCUCUUUCCCCCCCCUCCUUCUCCUCUUUCCCCCCCCCUCCUUCUCCUCUUUCCCCCCCCUCCUUCUCCUCUUUCCCCCCCCUCCUUCUCCUCUUUCCCCCCCCCUCCUUCUCCUCUUUCCCCCCCCUCCUUCUCCUCUUUCCCCCCCCUCCUUCUCCUCUUUCCCCCCCCUCCUUCUCCUCUUUCCCCCCCCUCCUUCUCCUCUUUCCCCCCCCUCCUUCUCCUCUUCCCCCCCCCCUCUUUCUCCUCUUUCCCCCCCCUCCUUCUCCUCUUUCCCCCCCCUCCUUUUCCUCUUUCCCCCCCCUCCUUCUCCUCUUCCCCCCCCCUCCUUCUCCUCUUUCCCCCCCCUCCUUCUCCUCUUCCCCCCCCCUCCUUCUCCUCUUUCCCCCCCCUCCUUCUCCUCUUUCCCCCCCCCUCUUUCUCCUCUUUCCCCCCCCUCCUUUUCCUCUUUCCCCCCCCUCCUUCUCCUCUUUCCCCCCCCUCCUUCUCCUCUUUCCCCCCCCCUCUUUCUCCUCUUUCCCCCCCCUCCUUCUCCUCUUUCCCCCCCCUCCUUCUCCUCUUUCCCCCCCCUCUUUCUCCUCUUUCCCCCCCCUCCUUCUCCUCUUUCCCCCCCCUCCUUCUCCUCUUUCCCCCCCCUCCUCCUCUUUCCCCCCCCUCCUUCUCCUCUUUCCCCCCCCUCCUUCUCCUCUUUCCCCCCCCCUCUUUCUCCUCUUUCCCCCCCCUCCUUCUCCUCUUUCCCCCCCCUCCUUCUCCUCUUUCCCCCCCCUCCUUCUCCUCUUUCCCCCCCCCUCUUUCUCCUCUUUCCCCCCCCUCCUUCUCCUCUUUCCCCCCCCUCCUUCUCCUCUUUCCCCCCCCUCCUUCUCCUCUUUCCCCCCCCUCCUUCUCCUCUUUCCCCCCCCCUCCUUCUCCUCUUUCCCCCCCCUCCUUCUCCUCUUUCCCCCCCCUCCUUCUCCUCUUUCCCCCCCCUCCUUCUCCUCUUCCCCCCCCCCUCUUUCUCCUCUUUCCCCCCCCUCCUUCUCCUCUUUCCCCCCCCUCCUUCUCCUCUUUCCCCCCCCCUCUUUCUCCUCUUUCCCCCCCCUCCUUCUCCUCUUUCCCCCCCCUCCUUCUCCUCUUUCCCCCCCCUCCUUCUCCUCUUUCCCCCCCCUCCUUCUCCUCUUUCCCCCCCCUCCUUCUCCUCUUUCCCCCCCCUCCUUCUCCUCUUUCCCCCCCCCUCUUUCUCCUCUUUCCCCCCCCUCCUUCUCCUCUUUCCCCCCCCUCCUUCUCCUCUUUCCCCCCCCCUCUUUCUCCUCUUUCCCCCCCCUCCUUCUCCUCUUUCCCCCCCCCUCUUUCUCCUCUUUCCCCCCCCUCCUUCUCCUCUUUCCCCCCCCUCCUUCUCCUCUUUCCCCCCCCUCCUUCUCCUCUUUCCCCCCCCUCCUUCUCCUCUUUCCCCCCCCUCCUUCUCCUCUUUCCCCCCCCUCCUUCUCCUCUUCCCCCCCCCUCCUUCUCCUCUUUCCCCCCCCUCCUUCUCCUCUUUCCCCCCCCUCCUUCUCCUCUUUCCCCCCCCUCCUUCUCCUCUUUCCCCCCCCUCCUUCUCCUCUUCCCCCCCCCUCCUUCUCCUCUUUCCCCCCCCUCCUUUUCCUCUUUCCCCCCCCUCCUUCUCCUCUUUCCCCCCCCUCCUUCUCCUCUUUCCCCCCCCCUCUUUCUCCUCUUUCCCCCCCCUCCUUCUCCUCUUUCCCCCCCCUCCUUCUCCUCUUUCCCCCCCCUCUUUCUCCUCUUUCCCCCCCCUCCUUCUCCUCUUUCCCCCCCCUCCUUCUCCUCUUUCCCCCCCCUCCUUCUCCUCUUUCCUCCCCCUCCUUCUCCUCUUCCCCCCCCCUCCUUCUCCUCUUUCCCCCCCCUCCUUCUCCUCUUUCCCCCCCCUCCUUCUCCUCUUCCCCCCCCCUCCUUCUCCUCUUUACACCACUCCAUUAUUACACCAUCCUCCUCAUUCCCCUCUCCCCCCAUAUCCCUUAUUCCCCCUGCCCUUUCUUCCUGGAACACCACCAUCCAGCCAUGCAGCAGUGCAGCAUGGGCAGCAUCAGUGCAGUCAGUCCCGACAGAGGAGGCAGUGCGAGGUGCCUUUCAAGUCAAGUACGGAGAGACUGUGGCGGCAGUGUUGACGUGCCUGCAGGGGAUCCUGCACAUCUGGGAUGCUCCUGCUGCUGCUCCUGCUACUGCUGCAGCUCAUGCGGAUGCUUCCACACUUAAUGAUUCGUCGGCAACAGCAGCAGCAGCAGCAGCAGCAGCAGCAGCCCCACACACGAGCAGCAGUCUUCUAUCUCCCCUCGCGGCCUACCACUCCCCUCGGGAACUCCAUCUGCGUCCCAAGCUCCGACCGCUCAUUGUUGCAGCUGUAGCGGCGCUACAGUCCCUGCCUGCUGAUGUCAGCAGUGGCGCAUUACGAGACAAAUGCCGCCCGCUGGAGGUGGCUGUAGCGGCGCUGCAGAGGGAGCAGCGGCGGUACCUCUCGCUGCCAGAUGUCGCACCGGGAUUCGCCGCUUUCAGGGACACUGCUGCCCCUGUCCCUGGGUGCCUAUCCAACUCCGUUACAAGCAGAUUCAUUACAGGAUGUAGUGAUUCUGGCGCUCUUCUUGAUUCAUGUGCUUAUAACGAAGGGCUACUGACAGUAGCUGCUGUGAGAGACAAGGUCGAAGUUCUCAGCACCAAGACCCGCCCGAAGCGCAUCGUGAUCGUCGGAUCCGAUGGCCAGGAUCGCAGCUUCCUGAUCAAGGGUCGCGAGGACCUCCGAUUGGACGCGCGGAUCUCCCAGCUCUUCCAAGCAGCCAAUGCGCUGAUGCAGAGCCACGGACCAACCAGGAAGCGACAGCUGGCGGUGAGGCAGUAUGAGGUGGUGCCUACGGGGAGUCAGUCAGGCAUGAUCCAGUGGCUUGAAGGGUUGCAUAGAGGGAAAGGCGGAGCAACAGUGCCGGCAGGAGCAACGCCAGCAGCAGCGGUGGUGCAGCGGCCGACGGAGAUGUUCUUUGCCAAGGUGGCGGCCGCGCUGCAGGCGAGGGGCAUGAGCCGCUCCACGCCGCGCUCUGAUUGGACGAAGGACUUGAAGCGCGGCGUGUUUGAUGAGCUGGCGCGGGAGGUGCCACGUCAGCUGCUGGCGAAGGAGAUGUGGAGCUCAACGACAGGCUCCGAGGGGUGGUGGGGCAAGCAGCAGCGCUACAUCACAUCAACAGCCGUCACCAGCACAGCGGGCUACAUCCUCGGCAUCGGCGACCGCCACCUCGACAACAUCCUCUGGGACCUCUCAUCCUCCUCUGCACCGUGCUCCGCGCUCUCCUCCUCCCUCUCCUCCUCUUCUCUCACCGCCUCCCCCUCUGCAUGCGGCUCAGUGGUACACAUAGACUUCACGGUGGCGUUUGACAGAGGCCGCCUGCUCAAGGUGCCGGAGCUCGUGCCCUUCCGCCUCACCACCACGCUCAGGGGCGCCAUGGGGCUGCCCGGCGCUCUCUCCCUGUCCGGGCCCUUCGCCUCCGCUGCUGUCGCUGCGUUUGAGGCUAUGGGUGGCGGGUUGAUGGGUGGUGGGGAGUGGGGCGGGAUUGGGGGCGAGUGGGGGGGGGUUGCUGCUGUUGCUGGUGGAGAAGAAGCAAGGUGUGGAAGAAGAGAGCACGUGGGAAGAGGAGCAGGGAGUGCAGCAGGAGGGGGGCCGCUGCUGCCUGCACUUAUGAGUGCGCUCCUCUGGGACCCUCUGGACGAGUGGGGAGGCCCGCUCGCCCCCACUGCUGCCACUGCCGCUCCCAAACCUGCUCCUGCCACCAUUGCCCCCAGUGCUCCCCAUCCUGUUCCUGCUUCGACUGCUCGUACUGGUCUCGCUCACACUGUCCCUACUGCUCCUGCUCCUGCUGCUCCCACUGCUCCUGCUCUCGCUGCUCCUCCCCACACAUCUGCUGCUGCACCUAUCAAUUCACAUUCACCAGUACCCGUGGCUGCAGCCAUCCCACCACCUCCCCCCCCUGCAAAAGCCCUCCAGGAGGCUGCGCCUCGGCCUGCAUUCCCAGGUGGUAUCUGGGACGGGGCGCUACUGCCGUGGGAGGCGGAGGUGGUGACAGGCGCUGCUGCUCUGGGCGCACCCAGGGGGAGGUGCACCUGGGGAGGGUGGCAGCAGAGCAACGGCAGCAGCAGCAUCAGCAGUGCUGCACGCUCAGCCAAGGGAGGGGCAAUGAAAGGGGCAAUGAAGAGGGCAAUGGAGGCCAUGCUUGGUGCUGCCAUGACACUUCAUGCCUUGACUCACUCCUCCCCCUCCCCCUCCCCCUCCUCCCCCGCCACGAGUCCCUACCUCCUGGUCAGAUUCCACCUUCCUCAUACCCUUCCUCCCCCAUUCUUUCUUCCAUUCUACCCUCCUUUCCCCACCUUACUUCCACACCCUCUCUCCCCUCUCCCUUGUACGCCUAACACCUCCAACACGGUUGUCACUUGUUCUCGUGUCUUUACCCAUAACCACAUGUCAAGUGCGUGUGCUUCGUCUGCUCAACCCGCCCUCCCUGCUGCUGCCCGCGAGCCCUCCUCAGCUGCACCUCUGUGCCUCUGUGCCCCACCGCUCUCUUGCCUGCACACGGUUUUCUGCAUGUGUGUGUUUCGUGCUGCCCAUUAUGCUACUUUGGCUCUCAGCCUAUCAGAUGCCGCCAAGUCAGCUGCUGCUUCUGUUCAGCACCUUAUCGAGACGUCAGAAUCCAAGAAUCAGGCUCACUCCGACCUCGUAGCAGCACAGGAAUCCUCCAAGGAGCUUCUUAUGGAAGAGGAAGCUUCCAGGCAAGCGAUGAGAGCAGCCAUGGAAGCCCUCUCUCGGAUCGGCGACCAGCAUCGGGGGAAGGCUCGGCGCGCCGAAGCUAAGGCCGCAGCAGCCAUGGAUGCCGUGGGUGAGGCUCGGCGGUGGUUGGACGACAAGCGUGUGGCACUUGCUGAGCUGGCGCCGUCAUUGCCGCCAGCUGUUGCUGCCUCUGGUGUUUUGAUGCCUAUUCAGGGUGGUGUGAGUGGGAUAAGUAGUGGAAGUGGGAGUGCGAGUGGGAUUGGGAGUGGGAGUGCGAGUGACAGCGCCCGUAGUGCUGGAUGGUUGAUGGUGGAGGAUGUGAGGCGGUGGGCUGCUGCUGCCCUGCCCAACAUGGCAUGGCAGGACGGCCCGCCUAGCAGCACACUGUCUCUUCUGGAUAUCGCUACCAACCCAUUACCCUCCUCUGCUCCUCUGCAGCAGCAGCAGCAGCAGCCGCAGCAGCCAACUGUACUUCCCCUCGCCGUCAUCCCAGAGGCUCUCCGUGCCACCUGUCGCCAGCUGGACCUGCACGUGUGCCAGCUGGCGGCCGCGCGCUGCCGCGCCGUGCUGCGAUUGGUCGGCGGGCUGAGGGCGUAUGGGAAGGCAGCGGUGGUGGCAGGCAGGGUGGGGGUGACGGGCGGGAGGAGGAGAGGCAGGGCGAGGGGCACAGUAGGAUCUGCUGAGGAAGAAGUAGAGAAGGAUGCGAGCCAAGGUGAAGUAAGAUCUGCUGAGGAAGAAGCAGUUACCAGCCAACCACUGCGCGGUCUCCCAACUGCCACCACAGCUGUCUGCAUAAACACUUAUCUGAGCACGAGUGCUGUGAGCCGGUGGGCGCGUGCACUGGAGGCCACGGUGACAGCCGCGGGGCUGAGAGCGCUGCCAAGUGGUGUGGGGGCGAGAGAGAUGCGCGACGAGGCGAGGGCUGCGAGAGAGGUGCUUGAUGGGAUGGGGCGAGUGGAUGGCGGCGUGGGGGGUGGUAGGCGUGUGUGGGCGCUGCCAGGAGGAGGAGGAGGUGAAGGGAUGGUAGAGGGCCUUGGCAGUAGCACUGGCGGUAGCAGCAGUAGCAGCGGCAGGAGUAGUGAGGAGCGAUUGUUGGAGCGAAGGCAGGUUCUGGUUAAGGUGGUAGAGGCUGCACUGAGGGCGGUGAGAGGGGAGAGCAACAGCGAGCAAGACUUGCACUUAGAGGAGACGAGCAAGGAGGAGGAUGAGGGAGAGAGUGACGAGAAGCAGCUGGAGGGAGUGGUGAGGGAGAUUGAGAGGGUGCUGGGAGAAGAGGGCGGGGGAGGUGGCAACCAGGGAAGGCUGCACGCAUUGGUGGCAGCUGUUGGCCUGGCAGCGGCAGCAGGCUCAGCAGUAGCAGGCGCUGGUGAUGCUGCUGCUGCUGACAGUGAUGCUUCCAGCAGAGAGGAAUGGCAGACAGCGGGGAACGAGCUGACAGAGGGCUCAGGCGUGAAGGAAUCCAAAACAGAGGGAGCUCAAGUGGGAGCAACGAAGGAGCGAGCGCAAGAGGGAGUGCUGCGAGGGGUGAUGGCACGAGUGGAGGGCAGAAUUUUGUUCGGCUCUGCACUGGCCUCUCUGCUGACUCAGCUGACAGCUGGCGGUGGGAAGCAGAGCAGUGAGCAUGCUGAGCUGGCAGAGGAGUCUGCAGGAAAGCAGCACGUGGCACUGCCUGAGACCCAGCAGCUGCCUUCCCUGCACCUGGCGUCCCAGCAGCAGCGAGAAGCAACGCAGCAGGAGCCAAUGCUUCCUAGUCCCGCUGUCAUUCCUGCCACUCCCUCCCUGCCAUACUCCCUGUCCUCCUUGUCACCCCGACCUCUAUCAAUCCCCUCUCUUUCAUCCCCUGUGCCCUCACCUCCUGCCACUCCUCCUGCCCACUUGCCUGCACGUCCUUCGCUCUCUCAAGACACAGCUCCUGAUGCCGACGCUGUUGCUCCUUGUGAUGCUCAUGUGGUUUCUACUGAUGUUUCCACUGCUGCUUCUGUUUCUGCCGCUGCUGCUGCUGUUCCUGCUGAUGCUGCUGCUGCUGCUGCUGCUGCUGCUGUUGCUGCUGCUGCUGCUGCUGCUGGUGCAAGCACCGCAGCAGGCAGUGCUGAUGUCACUGCAGAAGCAGCUGUAGCAGGCAGCAGUGUGUCCGUCACACUUCAUGCACACCUCGUUGCUGCAGCAGGCAGUGGUGGCACAGUGUCCUCACUGGCUCCAAUGGUAUCAGAGCACCUUCCUGCAGUAGUUCCUCUUGCUUGCUUCAGAGAAUCCUUGCAAGCAGCGCUUGCUGCGCUUCAUGCUGCUCGCUCCCUCUAUUCCCUCCACCUCCACCACCACCUGCCGAGCCUCGUUCCGAGCCUACUUCCGAGCCCAGUUCCGAGCGCUGUUCCGAACAUGUCGAGUGCCGCUUUGUCACUAGACAAGCAAGCAGCCUUGUCGCCUCUUGUGGCCCAGUUCCUGGAAGCUUCUGAAAGGGUUGAGUGUCUGGUGCAGGGAGGGGGGAAGCUGGCCACAAGUGACAAUAAAGGUGGUGAUAGUGGAGGGGGGAAGGAAAGCAGCAGUGGUGCUGUGGAUGGUGAUAGUAAAGGGGGGGAGGGAAGCAGCAUUGGCAGUGUGGGUGGUGAUGUGGCAGGCCGUGACUCAUGGCUGCUGGGUACUCUCCAAACGGAGGAGAGGGCUAUAGAGCAGCUCAUGGGCUCGCUCCCUGCUGCUGCUGCUGUUGGCGCUGCUGUUCCUGUUGCUCCUCCUGCUGCUGGUGCUGCUGCUGGUAGUGGUAAUGCUGAUAUUGUUAGCGCUGAUGUUUCUGGUGCUAGUGAUGCCGCCGCGCCUACUGCAGAGGUUGCAGGGGAGCAGAAGGUAGACAAUAAGGGAACUCAUGAAUCCGCCUCUGCACCCUCCUCUCCCUCCCUCACACAGCAGCACGAGCCAUCGCAACCAAAACCUGCUGUCUCUCCAUCGCCUCGCCCUGAUUCUUCUAUUCCCCAAUCCCCUCCCACCUCCCCUCCCUCUCAAUCCCCCACACCUCACAAGCCCCUCAGCUCUCUCUCUCCUCUCCCCGCUCCCUUCGUCCCUUCCCCAGCCUUCUCCCUCCCCUCCUCCCUCUCCUCCUCCUUUCACCCCGCUUCUUCCUCCUCCCUCACCUCCUCCCCCUCGCCGCCGCCCAAGCCCAAGUUCCAGCUGGCAGACACUGUUCAUGCCGCCCCGUUCGUGCCCAGACAGGCCAUGCUACACCACACUGCUGCUCCCUACUCCCCAUCCCUGCCUGCUGCUGCUGCUGCUGCUGCUGCUGCCACCGCGCCUGCUGCUCCUCCUCCUAUGCCUCCUCUCACUGCUCUGAUCCACCUCUACCGGUCGUUUGACUCUCUUGCAGCAGCCCACUCUGCCUUCCUAUCUCUCCUCCCAACCUCUGCUGUCCCUGCUGCUCUUGAUGCUCCACUCACCACUACUGCUGCAGCAAAACCAGCAGCAACCUCCACUCCUCUCCUCCGUCUGCCUCCGUCAGUUCGUCUUUUUGUGGUGCGGGUGCAACUGGUGGCUGCAGUGCUGCGAGCCUGUCUGGCUGAGAGGAAGGCAGCAAACGCAGGGCGUGCUGAGGAGGGGAAGCAGGAGAGUAUCGAGAAAAGCAUAUCCGGCACAGAGGUAGAAGGAAGGGGUGAGGACUUGGAGGGGCAGGAGGGAAGUCAGAGUAGAGAAGCUGCUCUUUUCAAGAAGAUCCAUGUGGCGAUUCGUGAUUGGCUGAGGGCAUACACUACUGAGUGUGUGGGGCCGCUAGUGGAGGGUCUGGUGUGUUGGUUCGUGCAUCCUGCCAAUCUGCAAGUUCUGUCGUCCCUCAUUGGCCAGUUCUGCCAGGCUGAGGUCAGCAGGCGUUCUGCUGACGCCAGGAAGCAGCACACAUCUGACGAUUCGAAUCUUUCCGUGCCAUCCCCGCGCAUGCACGCUGCACACGUGGCAGCCCUUGCUGCUGCACGUGCUGCGCUGGCAGGCUUUGAUUGGCUGCACGAGCCUCAGCUGCCAGCUGGAUCUGUGCUGUGGGGGGGGCAUGAGUGCGUGGGGCGGGUGGUGCAGGUGGUGGGGCGAGUGCUGCAGGUAGAGGCUGGCAGGGACGGCAGGGUUAUUAAAGAUCCCGUUGCUGCCCUCAGUGCUGCCGCCAAUGCUGCUGCUAAUGCUGCUGUGGCCAGUGCUACUGCUGCCACUGCUACUGGUGCUGUUGCUGUUGCUGCUGCUGCUGCUGCUGCUGCUGCUGCUGCUGCUGCCGGCAGUGCUGCUGGUGCUGCCAGUUCUGCUGCUGCUGCCCCUGCUACUUCUCCAGCACCUCUGUUCCCGUCGGGUCUGCCAGCUGGCGGCCGGCCGGCUGCGGCAGUUUAUGGGCCGCUGCUGAUGGACGUGGACAGGGCAGUUGCUGACGUGGCAGCCUCCUCAGCGCAUCUGCAGGUGGCACAGCAGGCAGAGAGGGCGGCUCGAGCGGCUCAGGUGGAAACCACAGAGGCGCGACAGGCGGCUCAGAAGCUAGUCGACAGGCUGUCAGUCACACUGCAGGAACAGUCAGCCAAUCACAGCGCUGCCCUCUCCCAAGCGCACCAAGCAGCAGCUGGCCUCUCAUUGGCUGCUGCCAGCCUCGCCCCCUUCCUCUCCCACUCCAUCCUGCCACUCGUUCGCCAGCAAUGCUUCUCCCUCCUCCCAUCCAUCUCCCAUCUCGCACAAACCACCCUCUCCGCCCUCCACGCUCUCCGACUCUCCAAGCGCUGCCACCUGGCAUCCCAGUCAGCGGCGCCAGCGGCGCGAGAGUCUGAGCUGGCAGCAGAAUUGCCGCCAGCAGGGCGGGUGUCGGUGGAAACACUGGAUGGCGCUGUGCUGGCGGUGUGUAGGCGCGAGGCCAAGGCAAGGCAGCAUGCGGAGCAGGUCAUAUUGCACCUGCAGCAGAAGCUCAACAAGCAGGACCCCCUUCUGCUCCCUGGUGCCACGCCAAGCCAAAGAGGUGGUGAGGCAGCUGAUGGUGGAGGCGUGUAG